ACUAAGAAGAGGCUCAAAGAAUCAGCUGAUACGUCAAUACCAACAAAGACAGUAGGGAAGGAGAGCUGAAUCUUUCUUAGCUGGAACUCUGGGAAAGGACCCUGCCUUGCAUAUUUCUGAGGUUUCAACAGGGCAGGAGACAAUUGUAGCUUCUGCUUGCCAUUUGUGGUUGAACUGCGCUACAGAAAUUGACAGGAGGAGGAGAAAGGAAGAAUGGAACGAGAAGGGGCAAUGAUUCCGCAACUAAGGCAAGUUCUCUUUCUCCUUGUUCUGCUGGGUGUGUCUGGGGCGGCCUCAGAGCCGCAGCAGUUUUCGGUAGUGGAGGAGAUGGAAAGAGGCUCCUUUGUGGCCAAUAUGGCAAAGGCCCUGGGCCUGGAGGUGGGGGAGCUGUUAAACCGGGGGGCCAGAGUCGUUUUCAAAGGGAACAAAGAGUAUUUGCAGCUGCACCCUAAAACCGGGGAUUUGCUCCUGAGAGAGAAACUGGAUCGGGAGGAGCUGUGCGGCCCCGCCGAACCCUGUGUGCUGCCUUUUAAGAUCUUACUGGAAAAGCCCUUUCAGAUUGUUCUGGCUGAAUUAAGGGUACAAGAUAUUAAUGAUCAUUCACCAGUGUUCUCAGAAACUGAAAUGCUUCUAAAAAUCCCGGAGAGCACCACCCCUGGUACUGUGUUUCUACUAGAAAAUGCUAGAGAUUUAGACGUAGGAAACAACAGUCUCCAGAACUAUGCAAUCAGUCCCAACUCCCUUUUCCAUAUUCAAAUUCGAGAGAGCAGUGAGGGCAGGAGAUACCCCGAGCUUGUACUGGAUGAGCCAUUGGAUCGGGAGAAGCAAUCUGAGGUCACUUUAACUCUCACUGCAGUGGAUGGGGGAGUCCCACCAAGGUCUGGAACUGCCCAAAUCCGAGUCCUCGUAGUGGAUAUCAAUGACAAUGCGCCCGUGUUCACUCAGUUCCAAUAUGAGGUUCAAAUCCCUGAGGACAGUUCCGUUGGAUCCAAGGUUGUCACAGUCUCUGCCACAGACUUAGACGUAGGGAAUUAUGGAGAUAUAUCUUAUAUAUUUUUGUAUCCCUCUGAAAACAUUCGUAAAACGUUUCACCUUAAAGAGAAAUUGGGAGAACUUUAUUUAAAGGAAAAAGUGGAUUUUGAAUCAACUCAAUCUUACACUAUAAAUAUUCAAGCCACAGAUGGUGGAGGUCUUUCUGCAGAAUGUACCGUUGUUGUUCAGGUGAUAGAUCUGAAUGACAAUCCUCCAGAACUGACUAUAUCUUCACUUACCAGUCCCAUCCCAGAGAACUCUCCUGAGACAGUGGUCGCUGUUUUUGGUGUUUCAGAUCUUGACUCUGGAGAAAAUGGAAGGGUGGUUUGCUCCAUCCAAGAUGACCUUCCUUUUGCCCUGAAAUCUUCCGUUGAGAACUUCUACACAUUGGUAACAGAGGGAGCACUGGACAGAGAGAGCAGGGCUGAGUACAAUAUCACUAUAACAGUCAUGGAUUUGGGAUCCCCCAGGCUUAAAUCCGAGUACAAUAUCACAGUGUUCAUCUCUGAUGUCAAUGAUAACCCUCCAGUGUUUUCUCAGAGAGCCUACAAAUUGUACCUCCAGGAGAACAAUAGCCCUGCCCUCCACAUUGGCAGCGUCAGUGCCAGUGACAGAGACUCAGGAAUCAAUGCCAAAGUCAUCUACUCCCUGCUGCCUCCAGAGACUGGAGAACUGCCCCUCUUCUCCUACAUCUCCAUCAACUCAGACAAUGGCCAUCUCUAUGCUCUGAGAUCCCUGGAUUAUGAAGCCAUCCAAGCUUUCCAGUUCACUGUGAGGGCAGUUGAUGGUGGCUCCCCAUCUCUGAGCAGCCAGGUUCUGGUUCAGGUUUUGGUAGAAGAUGAGAAUGACAACUCUCCCUUUGUGUUGUACCCUCCUCAGAAUGGCACAGCUCCUUGCCAUGACCUGGUGCCCAGAGCUGCAGAGCCAGGUUAUCUGGUGACCAAGGUGGUGGCUGUGGAUAGGGACUGGGGACAGAAUUCCUGGCUUUCCUACCAGCUGUUCAAGGCCACAGACCCAGGACUCUUCACUUUGUGGGCCCACAAUGGGGAAGUUCGAACAGCAAGGCCCAUCAGUGACAGAGACGCCAUCAAGCAGAGGCUCCUGGUGUUGGUAAAGGACAAUGGGCAGCCACCUCUGUCCACAAUGGCCACACUGAAUGUGCUCCUGGUGGAUGGCUUUUCUGAGCCUUACCUGCAACUCCCAGAUGCAUCUAAGGAGCAGAUCCAGAAUGACUCCCUUACUACCUAUCUAGUCAUUUCCCUGGCCUGUGUGUCCAUUCUCUUUCUGGUCUCUGUUUUUAUGUUCAUUGCCAUUCGCCUGUGGAAGAGGAAGAAGGACACCACCGACAUUAGUCGCUUCUCUUCCAAUGGCCCCUUCCCGGGACACUUGGUGGAUGUCAGCAGGACAGGGACCCUGUCCCAGAGUUACCAGUAUGAGGCUGUCUGGCCAGUGGCUCAGGGAUCACUGAAUUUAAGUUCCUGAAGCCAAUUGUUCCCAUCCUUCCUACUUCAGAGGGAAAUGAGAACUCGAUUCAAAACUUAGCCUCAAGGAAUA